AUGCGUUCACCCUCCUACAAAACUAAGGUAGCCAAACGUCUCACGGAAGCAAUGACGCACUCGGUCGAAACGAAUCUAUGCAAACAACUGGAGCUCAAAGCUGUGCUAGACAAACUCAAUGUGUGGAGUACUCCGCUGGCAUG